CAGAAGGAGCUACUGUACACUGUCGAAGUUAUAUUCGAGCACCAAGCGCGAGUUGCUCAGAUACUGUGAGAACAUAGCUACUACAGGGAUAGACAUCAUUAGUAGUCUAGAAAUAGCUACAACGCAAACGGCAGUUACUGUUCGCCAACCAGGACGUCAUUGGAUUUUAUUCGGAUUUUAUGUGCAAUAUGACAUUUGAGGAGCUAAGUGGGGAACACUCUGCAGAAAGGAUGGAUUCAGUGGCAAAAGCAUUGGAAGAAGUUCUCAGUUCUGCAUUACCACAAGGAUGUAUUACUGUUGGCGUUUACGAAGCUGCAAAGUCACUGAACAUAGAUCCGGAUAACGUGGUAUUAUGCCUGUUGGCUACCGACGAAGAGGAUGUGAAGGACGUUGCUCUCCAAAUCCAUUUUACUUUGAUUCAGGCUUUCUGCUGUGAAAAUGACAUCAACAUCCUGCGAGUGAACAACACGAGACGUCUGGCAGAGAUCCUUGGGGGAGUAAAACAGGGUGGAGAGCCGAUGGAUCUACACUGCAUUUUAGUCACGAAUCCUCAGUCAUCCGCAUGGAAAGACCCGGCUCUGAGCAAAGUCAACGGCUUCUGCAGAGACAGCCGCUGUCUGGACCAGUGGGUGCCGGUCAUUAACCUUCCGGAGCGAUGAAAGUGGAGAGCAUGGAUUUCUUCACUUUUUAACCUUCCAAGAAAUUGCACUGGAUCUGUGUAAUGCUCUGGUGGACCCCCUCAGGAGAGAAAUCCCCCUUUCAGAAAGAUAAUCGGGAAAAAUAAAUAAAGGAAGAAAGAAUGAACCGCCUUUUCAAAGUUCCAGCUGUCUUGAUGGGCGAUGGGGGUGAUGGAUUUCAGCCCAGCUGAAUGAGAUGCAUUCUUGGCCAAACCCGGUAACGAUGUGGAGUUUGGACCGCUGGAUGACCAGGUCAUGAAAAUGCAGUUGGACUGUAUUGGAAAAGAGACACUGUUCGGGCAUCAUAUCAUGCAAGGGAUUGGCAGCCAGCAUUGAGCAUAUGUUGGGCUGAAUCGAGCUCAGAUCAGCUCAGGAGUGCACAAGAAGAGAGGGCCUUAGAGAUGGUUUAAGAUUUCAGGAGAGAUUGCAGAUGCACAUGGUAGAAAGUCAAAAGUUUCUUUCUGCAACUGCAAUUACUUUCUCUUGACACUGUUGAUGUUUUUUUUUAAUCAUAAUUAUUUAAAAGGGAAGGGCUAGAAAGCAAUGAGCAAUCCAUUUGACGUUUAUGAUAUCGAAUGGUUUGUGUGUUCUGUUUGUCAUUAAGUUAUUUUUUAUUAUACUAACUUAAUUGUAUUUAUGUUGCAAUAUUUGUCUUUGACAACAAACCUGUAUAUGGAUGGAAUAAAAUGUUUGAACCAAA